AAUUAUUAAUCCUUCCUCUGAUGGGGUGAACUGUACAAACAGACAAAAUCUAAAGCUCCCACUGAAUAUUGUAUGAUAGGUAACACGCCUACUGACCUGAUAAUAUUAACGAAGAAUUCAGCAAACAUUUCGUCAAGUACUGAUAUAUAUUUCUCUCAUAUUCUCGAAACCCCCUCCUUACUCCCAUCAUCAACCAUAUCAAUCCAAUGUUCAGACGAAGAUAUUGCUUUUCCCUUAGGACUUUUAGCGCUUCCCAAAGGAAAAUCUCCCAUAGACGGCGUUACCUAUGCCUCGUAUGGAGGGAACCAAAAAAUUCUUAAGGGUCAGGGCUCAUACCAGCAGAGAGCAAGAAUCCAAGCAGGCCAAAAUGACACAUGCGCUCUCCGAAUCUGCGCGAUCAAAAAAGCACAAAACCGUCGAGAUUACCGAGAGAGUAGCACAUAUCCAGAAAUGGAGACGGGAUAAGAUCAAACCCCCCAGCCAUCCCAGCGGCCCCGGUAAUUUUAAGGAGAAGGCAGGAGAACGCCUCAACCUUCUCCGCGGUCGCGUUCCAUCGCUGGAUGCUGGUAAAUAUACAAGGGCAAGUACCAGUAGUAGCGAGAAGGAACAAGCAGGUUCUCUUCACAUGAAAACCAACACUGGAGACUGGCGGCCAAGGCUAAGGCUAACAGAAAAAGGAAAGGGGUUAGUAAGGAAUUUAUCGUGGUCGACCCUCAAGGAGAAUGUUAGGCCAAAACAGAAAGAUCCCCUCCACCAGUGGAUGGUUGAUCACUCUGGUGGCACAAUUAAGUAACACUAGAUUUGAACAACAUACCUAUUUCUAUGCGAAAAGGGUCCACCGACGUAUAGUAUAGUCCAUGAUGGCUUCGGUUUGUUGAAGCAUAAGUGACUUUUUGUAGUACUUUAGGAGAUUAUUAGACCAUCCUAGUAAUUGGUGUCGGUACGGCAACAAACCGCCACCGUACUCGCUUCAAUCAAUGUAUACUGAACUAGACGCCUCUGGUGGUAUAUUGGGUCUUAAGUUUCGUUUAUUAAAAGAGAG